AUGUUCCACAGUUCAGUCUCUAGUAACCCACAAGUUCCUUUAAAUUGCAAUCUACAAAACCAAGCUGUUCAACUUCACAAAGAUGGUCAAUACGAGAAAGAAGAAGUAGCUCUUUUGAACGCGUUGGAACGUAAAAUCGCCACUAGUGGAGCACAAUCACACACGGUCGCACUCACCAAGAACUCUUUAGGAGAGCUUUACAUCGAUAUGGGUCGGUUGAACGAAGCGCAAAAGUUCCUCGAAGAAGCUGAAAUAGUCCGAAAGGAUGGUGCCGUUUCAGAUCUAGUCUGUACUCGUGAUAAUCUCGGUAGAUUAUACGAAAUGAAAGGUGAUCAUGAAAAAGCAAUCAAAUGGCGAACCAUGGGUGCUCCUAAUGAAAUGGUCUGCUCUCACUAUCAAUGCCCUAAAAUGAUAAACGCUGCCAAAUUAUCCAAAUACGCCGAACUUCAACAUUGUGCUAGAUGCAAGUGUGUCUUCUAUUGUGGCACUGUUUGUCAAAAGAAAGAUUGGACUAGACAUAAGAAGUAUUGUCAGGCUCCUACUUCUACCGUUGCUCCUGUCAGAUUGUAA